GAAGCCUAUCAAUAUGGUGAGCUUCCUCCAUCUUUCUAUCAGUGCCACACAACCUUGAUACCAAAGAGCACUGAUGAUGAAAUAAUAAAGAGGGUAAACGGAUAUAGGCCGAUAUCGUUGUGUAACGUGGAUUACAAGAUAUUUGCAAAAGUACUGACAAAUAGAUUGCAAACAGUCAUUACUAAAUUAGUAGGUGAUCAUCAAACAUGCGGAAUUCGAGGCCGCUCUAUACAGACAAAUGUUCAUAUCGCACGUUCAGUCCUUGAGUGCAUAGAGGGUAGUACGGAUCAAGUAGCUCUUCUCCAGAUUGACCUCGCCAAAGCUUUUGAUAAGGUUCAACACAAAUUUUUGUUCCAACUACUGCGACAUCUUCAGUUAGGGGAUGUAUUAUAUAAUGGUAUAACACUUUGUUAUAAACAUUGCACUACAAAGUUAAUUGUGAACCGUACCCUCUCAGAUAUAAUACAGGUACAGUCAUCCGUUCGUCAAGGUUGUCCUCUCUCGCCUUUACUCUUCGCCAUAUACUUAGAACCGCUUUGCUUAAGCGUGCUUUGCGACUCGAGCAUUAAAGGAUACAGGUAUGCCGAUGAGGAAAUUAAAGUGCUAGCUUACGCAGAUGACAUUGCCUUCUUUUGCGUCGAUAAGCCAAGCAUUGCCAAGGCAAUAGACGCUACCCUGCGUUUCUGUGAGACUGCAGGAGCUACUGUAAAUUUUGAAAAAAGUAGAGGCUUUUGGCUAGGCAUGUGGGCACUCACUCCCUCUAUAUUCGCGAAUAUUCAUUGGAAUCAGUCUCCGUUGCGAUAUCUUGGAGUACCUCUCGAUAACUUCCGUAAUAGUGGACCUCAUUGGACGUCCACGAUAACCACUAUUCGUCGAAAGGUGACAACCUGGCAGGGACGUGAUCUCUCCAUUUUUGCGAGAGCUAAGGCAUGCAAUACAUUUCUCGCUUCGAAGCUUCUUUAUGUGCUGCAGGUCUUACACUGCUCACGUGUCCAUGUCCAGGCAUUUCAUAGAAUAUUUGCAUGUUUUAUUUGGCAUUCAUCAUGGGAAGCCAUGAGAAGGGACAACCUUUUUCUCCCUCUUGAAAAGGGAGGCCUGGGUCUUGUGCAUUUGUUUGUGCGACAAUUGGUCAUGCGCUUAUUUUACCUUAAAAAUGUCCGUCAUCCAUUCCUGCUCGCAGUUAAUCGAGCACGUCUUGCGUCACACCUCCCUUUUCUUUAUGUCACGACAAACUUUGCUCAAGAACUACCGUUAUGGGGCUUCCUAAAGGAACUUGUCGACACUAUUUCCUUCUUAAAAGCCAGAUUCACCCUUGAAUAUUUGUUUACCGUUAAUCGCACGUCGCUAAAUGUAGCACUUAUAGAUAACCUUUUCCCUGAACCUCUGUACCGAAAGCCGUAUCUGUCUCUAUUUGGCCAAGAUGUUCUUUGCCGUGUCCGUAGAAUGUGCAUUGCGCCUGCAGCGAAAACGUUUUUCUUUAAGCUGCACACCUCCACACUGCCAGUUAAAACGUGGCUUCAGGAAAAAGGACUGUUCGUACCCUGGAAUACAAAUUGUAGACUUUGCAAUCAACCCGAGACAAUAGAGCAUUGCUUUAUACUUUGUCGUGACGCAUUUCAUUUUUGGGACAUUCUACAAAGAACUCUCAAAAAAGACUUUCCUCUCACAUGUUAUGGUAUCCGGUUCCUUCCUUUCAAAAAGACAGCCAGUAAUACACCAUACGAUUUGUUUAUGUUAUUAGGACUUUAUUCAUUAUGGAGAAGUCGAAUGAUCGACAGACAUGCCGAGCCACCUCACUCGACAAGGUCUAUCUUCCGUGAAGAGACUGCUCAAGUCCGUAGUGUGGUUGCUACAUAUGAUCCAGUACCUGAAUGGAUUUCGCGUCUGGACGCUUGUGUUUGUUUGCCAGAAUUUUGAACUGUCAUUGGACUGCAUACUGUGUGUGAACUUGUUUUGUGUGCGUGUAUGUUCAUAUGUAAUGUAACGGCAUUGAUUUGACACUACCAUUAUUUCCAUGCAAUAAAGAAAAAAAAAAAAAAAACUCCUCGUUAGUAUAGUGGCCAGUAUCCCCGCCUGUCACGCGGGAGACCGGGGUUCGAUU